UUCACAGAAGACCGCUGGCAUCGUCCGGUGCGACCAGACUCCCUGAAACCGUUUCCUCCCGGGACCUCUGAGAUGCACCGUUAACGGACACCUUUCCGACUCUGAGAUGAACUUAAAGUGGACAUUGAAACGAUUUCUUCUCAUGUCGUUGUCACUCUCCCACCUGCUGUUAUUUGAGGGAGCUCAGAGCCGACUUUCACUGACAGAGGGAAGAGUUCAGAGGAGGGCUAAUGCACUUCGGAGGAAACGGGAUCUCCUUGGGGAGGAGGUUGGUACACUACACCUAAGAGAACCAGAGGAGACUUAUGGGCCACUACUGUCGGAGGGAACUCUGUCACGCAGCAUUUUACACAACUACACAGCCAGAGAUUCCUCUUCAGAAUAUUGUGAAUGCCUCAAUGGUGGCUGGUGUCAGGAGGGCGGUGUGUGUGACUGUACUCAGUUCCAGGCACUGGGAGACCGCUGCCAGAUCAUACCUAACCAGGGCCAGGAUAGAGACGGGAUCUGCAGGUCAUGGGGUCAACACCACUAUGAAACAUUUGAUGGAAUAUACUUCUACUUCCCUGGAACCUGCUCCUAUAUUCUGGCCCAGGACUGUCACUCUCCUUCACCACAGUACACAGUGUGGGUCCAUAACAGCAGAGUGUGUGAUGGCAGUGUGUAUUCAUGCCCAAGAGCUCUUAGUCUCUUUUUCCCAAAUGAGGAGGAGAUCCACAUCUCUGGAUAUCAGGUCCACCAGGGAGGCCGCAGGUUGAGUCUGCCUCAGACUAUCGGCGGCGUCUUCAUCGAGCGACUUGCUGAUUACCUGCUGGUGAAGAGUGUGUUUGGCUUCUCGUUGGCCUGGGACGGAGGCUCCGGUGUCUACCUGAAGAUGAGUGAGGAGCACCAGGCCUCUCCCUGCGGACUGUGUGGGAACUUCAACCACAUCCCGGGUGAUGACCUCACCACCCCUCGAGGCGUUCGCACUGAUGAACCUGCAGUGUUUGCAAACAGCUGGGCAGUGGAUCUGCCUCAUGAGAGAGCCUGUCCCUCAGUAGAUGUGGACUUCAAUGGGCCCUGCCAGUCUGAGUCAGACAUGGAUGAUGCCAUCGAGAAAUGCAGUGCACUUCUCUUCUUUCCAUUUCUGUCAUGCCACGAAAACAUCGACCCAAAUCCCUUUGUGGCCAGCUGUGUAUCUGAUCUCUGCGUAUCUGAUGAUGAGGAAACGUUUUGUUAUGCCUUGGUUGAGUACACCAGAGCCUGCUCACAUGUUGGUUAUCCAGUGAGGGAGUGGAGGGACAGCUUCCCUUCUUGCAAUGAUGGCUGUGAGGAGAGUUUUGUCUACAGAGAUUGUAUCAGUUGCUGUCCACCCACCUGCACAUUUGAGAAAGAGUGUUUGGGAACCAACCUGCAUUGUCUAGACGGCUGCUACUGUCCUGAUGGUCUUAUCCUACAGAACGGAACAUGUAUCGCUGUUUCUCAGUGUCCGUGUGUUUACCAUGGAACAUCUUAUGUGCAAGGACAUGUGCUUCAACAAGGCUGCAGUGUUUGUGUGUGUAUGGGAGGAGUGUGGAACUGCACCGAGAACAACUGCACAGCGGAGUGUUCAGUGGUCGGUGACGUGUUUGUGACGACGUUUGACGGUCGGAUGUUUCUGCAGCCGGGGGCGUGUCAGUAUGUCCUGGCGAAGAGUCGCAGCAGCAGCAGAUUCACUGUCACGCUGCAAUAUACAACCUGUGCUGAGCAGCAGACGUGCAUUCAGUCAGUGACACUGGUGUUGGAUGAAGAUGUAAGUCAUCAGAUCACUUUGACCAGAGAGGGGGAGGUGAUCAUCGGUGUACGUCCAGCACCUGCGUUGCCCUAUGUUGAUGAUCGAGUGGAGGUGCGGAGGCUGACCUCUGUGUUUACACAGCUGAAGGCAGGCAUCGGUCUGAAGCUGCGCUACGAUGGUGCGGGUGGACAGGUCUAUCUGCAGCUGGACAGUCUGUGGCGUGGACACACACUCGGCCUGUGUGGAACCUUCAAUGGAAAUCUACGUGAUGACUUCCUGUCUCCAGCAGGUAUGAUCGAGGGCACUCCUCAGCUUCAUGCCAAUGCUUGGAAGGUGUCAUCUGCUUGUGUCGCGCCAGUUAAUCUCCCCAUCAUAGAUCCAUGUGAGAUGAACCAGAACAAUGUGUUCUAUGCGUCCCAGUGUGAGGUGCUCUUGGGGAGUGUAUUCGCUCCAUGUCAUGGCUACAUCAGUCCAAACAUCUACCAGCAGCAGUGUCGCUACCAGGCGUGUCGCUGUGGCAGCAGCUGUCUGUGCACGGCACUGGCUCACUACUCUUACCUCUGUUCCAAACAUGGAGUCAGUGUCAAUUUCAGAUCACACGUCUCUGAAUGUGGAACGGUGUGUCUUGGUGGUAUGCUGUACCACUCGUGCGUGUCAUCGUGUGGGCGGUCCUGUCGGGCCCUGGCGAGCUCUGACAUGUGUGAGCCUGGCGACUGCGCUGAGGGGUGUGGCUGUCCUGAGGGCAGCUUCUAUGACGAUGUGCGGCAGCGCUGUGUGCAAAUGUCUCAGUGUCACUGUUACUCUGUGGGUGGAGUGUCACAGCCAGGAGAGGUGAGCUUCAGCGCCUCCGGUCCCUGCCUGUGCAGAAAUGGGAAGCUGGAGUGUAAGCCCGAGGAAAAAGAGCCUGAUAGUGAAGAGGUCGGCGAGUGUCCCGAAGGUAAAGUGUACCACAGCUGCACUGAGCAGAGAGGAGGCGUGGCCUGUGCACCCACUUGUCGGAACCUGAUGUUGAACCUCACUUGCCCUCCCAACACACCGUGCAUUGCUGGCUGUGUCUGCCCUGCUGGGCUGGUGCUGCACCAUGGACAUUGUUACCAUCCGGAGAACUGUCCGUGUGCCUGGCUGGGCCUUGAAUACCUGCCUGGAGAAACUGUGGAAACACCGUGUUACACAUGCGUGUGUCAGCGUGGCUACUUCAACUGCAGCUACUCUCCAUGUCCAGCUGUGUGUUCUGUCUACAGCGACAGACACUACCACACCUUUGACGGCCUGGAGUAUGACUACCACUCUGACUGUCAGGUCUACCUCCUCAAAACUACAGGAGAAACUGAAAUGUCCAUCAUUGCCCAAAACAAGGACUGCUACGAGAGCGGCAUUGUGUGCAUGAAAUUACUCAUUAUUCAUGUGGGACUUACCAAAAUCUACUUCACUGACAACUCUGGCAACCCGAGCCCGUCCACUGUUGUUGGUCGUGGGUCAGAGUUUGAGUUGUGGAAAGCCGGCUAUUAUACUGUGGUGCAGUUCUCCAGUCAAGACCUGACUGUCCUCUGGGACCGCAAGACGACUGUCCACAUCAGAACUGGACCUCAGUGGAAGGGCCUUCUCAGUGGGCUGUGUGGAAACUUUGACAGUGUGACAGUGAACGAUAUGACCACAUCUGGCCACAUGGAAGUCAAUAACGCCCAGACCUUUGGAGAUAGCUGGGCUCUGGGACAGUGUGAAAGUGAAAGUGUUGUUGAGCGACCAUGUGAAGGAGACCUGGGCAGGCAGCCGUAUGCCAAGAGGGAGUGUGCGCUCCUCUACAGCGAUGUCUUUGCACCAUGUCACAAUGUGGUGGAUGUGGCCUGGUUCUACAGGAACUGCCUGACAGACACUUGCAACUGUAACCGUGGGGGAGACUGUGAGUGCCUUUGUACGUCUAUCGCUGCGUAUGCACACAAAUGCUGUCAACAGGGAGUCACAGUACACUGGCGAUCUCCCUCUGUCUGUCCCUAUGAUUGUGAAUACUAUAAUCAAGAACUCGGCGAAGGCCCGUUCUCCAUGGUGAGUGGCGCUGAUAAGGACACCAUGUUUGGAGUAAAUCGCUCCAGCAGCUCAGUGUUUCCUCUGGUGAUAGAGAGACCGGGGCAGUUGCCUGCUCCAGGUCUCUUGUUCAACUUCAUGAUCACGGCAGGUCUACAGAAGGACAGAACAUCACGUGUCCCUGUGGUGUCACUGGAGUCUGCAGAGAGACCAAACUACUUCCUCGCCGUGUCUGGACACAGUCGUCUUCAGCUAGAGCAGUGGAGUCGCGGGGUGGAUUUCAGUAGCAGGGCAACAUUUAUCCAUCACCACGGGCUGUUUCUGCCAGGCCGCACAUCAUUUGAGCUUGUCGGUCAACCGGGAAUAUUUCUGACACUGACACGCACCUCUGCAAGAUCCCAGAGAUACGACACCUCAGAGGGAUUCAGGACGAGCAGCAGCUUCACGCUGGAGGAGAGCAGUUUUGUGAUACCUUAUCGGAUGAUGUGUGAGUGGCGUUACCAAGCCUGUGCGAGCCCCUGUGUCCACACGUGCAGUGACCCAGAUGCAACACGCUGUCACUUCCUGCCUCCGGUGGAAGGUUGCUUCCCACGUUGUCCCAAGAACAUGGUCCUCGAUGAAAUCACAAGAAGAUGUGUGUACACCGAGGACUGUGUGUCCUUGCCUCCGACUCCAACACCGUUUCCAUUUGUGACCCGGUCCAACAGAACUACAACACCUUCAACUCCGGCUACAACCACCACUACGACUACAGCUACUACUACUAUUGCUACUACUACUACUUCAACUACUACUACAAUGCCAACAACUACCACCACCACCACCACCACAGCUCCCACUACAACCACAACAACCACCACCACAGCAUCAACAACGUCCUCCACGACUGUCAGGCCCACAACAACGACAGCCACAACGACCACACCCACUGCUGCCACGACAACCACUGAACAAGUCACCACUCCACCAACACCAUCUCCUCCCACAUCUCCUCCUCCGACCACGCUUACACCGACAGCUCCACCAGAGACAACCACUCUCACCACAACUGAAACGACCUCCACCCAAACGUCGGGGGUCACACAGCCAGCACCCAGCACUGCACCCCCUGAGGACACUUCUCCUCCACCCUCCACCACCUCACCCUUAACUCCGACCUCCACUACCGUUACCACACCAUCAACACCAGAGCCUCCCCUAACCUCCACCCCACCUCCUGUAAUCUCACCCACCACAGUGGUCACAACAGCCUCCACCUCCACCAUUUCUCUGCCUGAAACCACCACCACUCCACAGCCUACACCAACAGAGACAACCACCACCCCAACAGCUGCGACCACCACAGUCGCACCUCCUACGACCGUCAAGCCGACUACUGAGCGGGCGACCACGAGUCCCAGCAUCUCCACCACAACAGAAGAAACAUCAACCACGACUCCAUUUGUCUUCCCCACGACUCCGUGCACACCUCCGUACUCCUACCGCAUCGACGAGUGUGCAGAGCUGAUCUGUUUCAACGGAGAUCUGCUGCUUCACAACUCUUCGCUCCACUGUCGCUACAACACCAGCCAGCCUCAGUGCAGUCUGCUGGGCCUGCCCAUCCUCAUCAACACUGACCCCUGCUGUCCUCUGUGGCAGUGUCCUUGUCGCUGCACUGUGAUGUCAGACCUGCGUGUGAUAACAUUUGACGGCAACAACGUAGCCUUGUAUGAUAACGGCUCCUACAUCCUGGUUAACCUGCCCAGAGAGACUAUUAUUGGCACUGUGGAGAAAUGUCCAACUAGCCAGAGUGUGAACUCCAUCAGGCGAACCAGUCCGACCGGUGGAACAUCUGGUCUCUGUUUUAAGAAGCUGAACAUCACCACCUCCUCCCACAGAGUUAUUAUCAACCGACUGGAUCGAAAGGUGACGGUGAACUACAGACCCGUCCGCCUCCCAUUCUCUCGUCACUCCCUCUAUGUGGAAGACACAGGCAGCAUGUACCUCAUUCACACACCUGGUGGAAUCAACAUACAGUGGUAUCACAGCACUGGUAUCAUGGUGCUGCAGUACAAUACUCUCCAUAAUGCAUCUGUGCCCACUCGAGGUCUGUGUGGCUGUUGUGACGGGAACCCAGAGGAUGACUUGAAGCUGCCCAACGGCACAGUGGUCAGAGAGGUGGGAGACAUGAUGGUCUUCCUGCAGGCAUGGAGAGUGCACACCACUGAUGAAACAGAACACACCCGCAGGGUCGGAGACAACUGCACCACUGGAGAUUGUUCCACCUGUCUGUCCAUGCUGAGCCAGAAAGCCUUCAGCCCAUGCCACAGCAAGGUAUCUCCUGAGCAGUUCUGUGACAUCAUGUGGGCGGGGGACCUGCACUACAAAGACCACCAGUGUGACUUCCUGGCAGCUUACGUGGCAGUCUGCUACACAUAUCAAGUCUGCAUCAGCUGGAGACGACACAAUUUCUGCCCACUGCGAUGUCCUCCAGGUAAAGAGUAUCAGCCGUGUGUGAGCACCUGCACCAGCCGCACCUGUGUGAACAGAGACUACUACGAGGAGACCACGUGCUCCUUCAUCCGAGAGGAGUGUGUGUGUCGCAGUGGAACCAUCCUGCACCGCGCUGACUCCCCGUACUGUGUGACAGAAGACCGCUGUGUGUGCACAGAUAAUGAGGAUAACCCCCGGGCCCCGGGUGAGGUGUGGAACAGCUCAGCUCGUAGCUGCUGUCUGUACAAAUGUAUGGAGAACGGCUCAGUGGUGGCUGUAGAACCAGACUGUGACUCUGUCCCCGCUCCACUGUGUGAGAGGGAGGGAGAGUAUGUACUGGAUGUUGUGGAAGAAGGAGCCUGCUGCCCUAAAAAGAUCUGUGAGUGCAACAUGACCAUCUGUGACAGUGAAGCUCCGUCCUGUGAUAACGGAAACAGGCUCAUCAUCGGUUACAGCGCUCUGUCCUGCUGCCCAGAGUACCGAUGUGAGUGUGACCCCAUGGCGUGCCCUCCUGUCUCUGUGCCCAACUGCAGGGAAGAUCAGUUCCUAGUGGAGGUCAGAGGACACAAGUCCUGCUGCUAUUCGUACCUGUGUGUGUGUGAAUCGUGCACUGAGCCCAUUCCAACUUGCUCACAUGGAGAAAUUCUGGCUGUGGAUCUGAACACCACCAACAGCUGCUGUCCACAGUACCACUGUGUGUGUGAUGUCAACCUGUGCCCAGCAUCGACUGUGAGCUGUGCACCUGGUCUCUCUUUGGUUCAAACUGCUCUCCCUGGACACUGCUGUCCACAGCACCACUGUGAGUGCCAGUGUGACGAUGGCUCUCCGCCCAACUGUCAGGUGGGAGAAUUGCUUGUUGACGUUCCAGACAGCAGCAGCACCUGUGGCUGUCCUCAGCAUACAUGUCAGAAGGCAGAAGUGUGUCUUUUCCAAGGGGUAACAGUGUUGGGACCAGGCCAGUCUCUGGUUCAGUAUUUUGAAGGAGACCUGUGUUACACCGUCCACUGCCUGCAUCACAAAGACCCAGACUCUGGCUUCUACGCCAUGGAAAUCACUUCCAUCAACUGCUCCCAAAAAUGUGGACCUCACCAGGUGUACGUGCCGUCCUCAGAUCCCCAGGUGUGCUGCGGCUCCUGUAAAAAUGUCUCCUGUACUUUUGCCAGUGAAAAUGGAACAACAGAGCUUUUCACUGCCGGGAGCUCCUGGGUGGAAAACUGCACACGUUACGACUGCAUGGAAACAGUAGUGGGAGCAGUGAUUCUGGCCUCUGGAGUGGUUUGCCCACCCUUCAAUGACACAGAGUGUAUUCAGAAUGGUGGUGUGGUCCAGAGCUAUGUGGACGGCUGCUGCAGGACAUGUUCUGGAGUGGGUGUUUUACCAUUUACCGUUAAUCCUCUAACUCCCACUGGUAGUACUAACUGUGACACAGGUAAAGAAGACGGUAAGACAUGCAAGCGUGUGGCCAUUCGGACGACCAUCAGAAAAGAUGACUGCAGGAGCAAUACACCGGUCACAGUCUACUCUUGCGAUGGGAAAUGUCCGUCUGCCACCAUAUUCAACUUCAACAUCAACAGUCACGCCAGGUUCUGCAAGUGCUGCCGCGAGAGUGCAUUACAAACCCGGUCUGUCACACUCUACUGCUCUCGCAAUGCCACAGUUGUGGAAUACAACUUCCAGGAGCCUCUGGACUGUUCCUGCCAAUGGCACUAAAACAAAAAAAUAAUCAAUAAGAGCAUAAAAAACGAGAGGAAUGUUUGAAUCAAGGGAUUUGAGGCAUCAGGUUUUUAGUAUUGAUAAGAAAGUAUGAAAAUCAGCCAUGCUUUAUUUUGUAUAUCACUGUAGUACACUUUAUAACAUUGGCCAUGAGUUGUAGUUAUAACUUAAAGGGGCUAUAUGUAAAAUAUGUACAACAGCGUUAAAAUGUUUUUAGUGUUUAAAAUGCAUAUUGCAAUCCCAAUUCAAAUGAUCAUAGAGCAGGGGUCUCAAGCUCAGGUGACCUGGGGGCCACUGAGUGUCCAGUCUGCUCAGUAUGAGGCUGGUCAGGAGAAAAAAGACAAAACGUGAUAUUAAAUGGCGGGCCACAUGAAAUUGAUUGGGGAGGGCUGCAUGUGGCCCACAGGCCAUGCGUUUGAAACCUCUGUUGUACAUAGACAUGAACAUGGACCUGCACUUGUGUCACACUGUGUUCAUAACUGUCCCACUAACCUGUUUUAUUAGUUUUCACAUCAGCAAAAGGCCGACAUUGAGUGUGAAAGUGUUAGCACAUGAUGAGAGGAGAAGACAAGGCGACAAUAACUGACUGUAUAACAUUAUAUAUGUUAAAUAUGCACUGAUAAUGUCUUACACAUGAUCGGUCCCUGUUUUUCUCACCUGUUGCUCUCGUAUUUCAGUCUAUAUUAUAGCACAUCUCAAAAGUAGACUUGCUUUGCUGCUCCACUGCUCGAGAUGUUUUUGAGAGGGGUGCUGAGGGUUUUUAAGUUUAAGCUGCAGCUCACUGUGAUCAGGUAACUCGCGUAUAACCUGAGUUUGCAGCCUGCAAAUGGAAAUUGAACAAAUUGGCUGCACCAUUGUUAUCACUGAAGCUAGUAUUUCAAUUUUCUUAAUCUCUAAGUCAUUUUAUGACUUAGAUUAUUACAUUUCUUACAUAUAGCCUCCUAAGAGAAAGUGAAUAUAAGUGAUGUAAGUUUGAGAAAGAUUGUUGUUGUUGUUUUUAGUAGUUUUGUCCAUAUUUCAUUCUUUCUUUUCUUCGUGCCAACUCACACCGCUUUAGUACUUUUAGGUGAUGGUGUAAUGUCAUUUAGAAUUUUGUCCUACUGCAUAUUAACAGUUGUUUUUUAAUUAUUAUUUUUAUAUCCACUGUUGGGGUCAAACACUGUAUGUGGUUAGAAGUGAAUUAGGAAUAAAUGUAGUCUUUGUACAAAUGAAAGUGAUACAAGUAGCCUCUAAACAAUUAAAGAAGAGAUUUAACAGUA